UGUAAAUUUCUAUAUUUUGCAGUGUUUUUUUUUUCAGGUAAAUUAAAAAAGAUUAAGAUUGACAUUCAACAAUGUGAUAAUGUUACCUCAAUAAGACAAAGUAAACAAUGGCUUCAUAUAGCUCAAAACUGUCAGAGAAGAAAUACAAUAACUGGGUUAAAGCACAGUUAGCAGUGUUGUUUACUAAAGACGGACUUGAACCUUUUGUAUGUCACGAAGUUCAAGAAUUCCGUUUGAAAUGUUUAGAUGGUAUUUGCUACAACAAUGGAUUGAUAAGUGGAACUUUGUGUUCAAAUUGCUGUACGGAAAAUGUUAUUAAAUGUCCAACAAAUAGAAUAUGUAAUGUUGGACGUGGAAGAUGCAGUUAUCAUCGAAAUGCUGCAACAAGGUAUAAUCCUGCCGGCUGCCCUAACAAGAUAUGCCAUAAUUUCACAACAGAGAUACAGAAUGUACAUAGGUUCUAUGGUCCAUCCUACAAAAACACUGAUGCUACCCAAUGGUGCAGUAAUUCUUGGGAGAUAGCUAAAUGUUUCAUGCCCCCAGAUGGAUAUAAAGAUGUAGUUUGUGCACAAGAAACAGACUUCAAUGGCAUCAUCAGCGUUAUCAUUAAUUACAAAGACCUUCAGUUGAAAGUACAUGAAAACCUAGUCAACAAGAACAACAUUUUUGAGCAGGCAAGAGAAAUUGGUAGAAAUUUGAGGCAUUCGCCAACUUUAGAGGUAGAAGAUACAGAUCUUCAUCAAUACUUCAUAGUAUUUCAACAACUUCUUUCUGAUGCCGGAUAUUUAGCUACAGACGUGCAUGCACAAAAUGCCAAACAGAAGCUGAUAGAUUUAGAAAAUGACACCAUGGUCAUUGGAAAAGAUGACAUAAGGAAAGUACUAGAUGAUGUUGCAAAAGCAGCUCGUGACACUAUAAGAGUAGAAAAAGAUGACCUAAAAAGGACGUCUGAGACUGUAAAAGAAGAUAUGAUUAAGAGAAGAAAAGAAGAUCUUCAUUCUCUUGGCUCAAAAGCUAAUGAAGAAUUACAAAAGAUACAAACUAAAUCUGAUGAUUCUUUAAAAACAAUUAAAACUGAAACUGACAAAAGCGUCAAAGACAUAGAAAAGGCAAGAGACAAUUCAGUUCAAAUAAUGCAUCAAAAGAAAGAGGACAUUGAGGAAAAGGUAAAAAUACAAAGCAAGAGAAUAAGAGAAGAAUGUGAAAGAGCAGUUGAAACUAUCAGAGAAGGGAAAAUUGAUUUAACCAAUUUAGCAGAGACUCUAGAAAAAACGCUCUACACAAGGAUUAAGGAAGACAAGGAGAAACA